GAAAGUUCCCAAGCGCUGAGCGCUCCAGCUCAAGUUUCACAACAUAUAUAACGCAUGCAGUGUAGUUCACACCGGUAUCAUGCUGCAACAAAAUCGCCCACCCGUCUCAUGACAGUUACUGCCAGAGGAGGAUACCAAAUGGUUCCCGUGCACGACCGACCACGCCUUUUUCGCUGCUCAUGUGUGCGACCACAGAGAAUAUUCACAAUCUUGAAAUUUGUGCUUCCUCUGGUGUUCAUCAUAUGUUACACGAUAUACUACCUCUAUGACCCGCGCGGCCACAUUGACCUCGUAUUAUACCAACGAGAAUGGAUACAGCGCGAAAUACUCCCGCUGUCCCCACUUGGCGGAUGCUUUGAGCCUGAACGCAUCAGCCCGUUGUAUAAUGUCAGCGAGGCCGUGUAUGGCAAGAAGCGCUUUGAGGUUCAGGCAGGAGUAACGAUGCGGAUGGGUAUGGACUGCUACGAGUUUGCAGGAACGGUAAGGUUUGCAGAAGGGGAGUGGAAUCAGGAGGGACGGUAUAUCCCACCAGAGGAGCGAGCGCAGUUCCACACGUAUUGGCGCGUCGAUCUCGCGCCCCUCGACGAGAGACAAGAAUACAUGUUAAAGUCAUUCUUCGCUACGCAAGACCUCCCCCGCUCUCGUCUAAUACUCUGGUCGAAUGGCGACCUAUCACUCAAUCCGAUCGUACAAAAAUAUCUCGAGCUGGUAGUGGAUAUACCUGAGUUAGCCAAGGGCACGCCGAUGGAGAGUCAUCGGUUGCUCAAUCUCGAGGAUAAGAAGGCAUGGGUGGACGGUGACCUCGUCCGCUUACUUGUCAUCUGGACAUAUGGUGGUGCUUGGAUAGACAUGGACAUGCUCCUCACCCGAGACCUCUCCCCACUACUUGAGCACGAGUUCGUGACGCAAUGGGACUGCUACGACAAAAUUUACCAAGCGUUUAAUGGCGCACUCAUGCACUUCCGCAAGCACUCGCCCUACCUCUCUCCCCCACGCUCUCCUAGCACCGAUUGGGGUGCAAUUUUAUACCUUCGACUUUGGCGGCGCCUCCUCAGCGAAUCCAUACCACCCUUCAAAAUUCUACCGUUCUGCUUGUCCGAUCCCUCUAGCAUAUAUUUGCCGUGCAUUUGCAUAAUCGUUGGGAUAGGGCCUUUCCCAAGGGCGGAUGGGUGGAUCGGCUGUUGUUGAGGAAGUAUGAAGAGAAGAUACAGAAGAAGGUGAGAAUAAAUGGCGAGCUAUGAUGUAUUCAUCUGCUGUGAGUGCUUUGGUCAUGGGCGGAGGCAGCAGAAACUAAUGGCGUUUGCUAUGGGCUGAAUAGCACUUAGACGAUUCAAAACACUUAAUGAUGCAAUAUUUACGCAUUGCACUAUAAUUUUUAUCGCAGGAACCGGUGGGUAUGCAGAGAGGACCUCGCCGAUUAAACCGUAUUAGAUGCCUGUGGGGGUCCUUCCAGAACUUGAUUGCAUACGAUCAUUCUACGCUCAUAUGAUAAUGCACGAA